AUGCCACCUAUUCACCUUGUUGUGGUAUUGACAGUGUUGGACUUGUGUGUGCCGCUGUACCACGACCAGUUCGCGCUGCUCGUGCCCGAUGGCCGUGCAGAUGAACUGGCUCACAGACAUGGGUUCAUAAACCAUGGUCAGAUCGGCAACCUGAACCAUUAUUAUUUAUUUUCACAUCCUCACAUAAGCAAGAGAUCAGUGAACGCGAGCAAAGAAUAUGAAAUUCGUCUCAAGAAUGACCCACAGGUGAGAUGGGUGAUGCAGCAGCGGGAGCUGAAGAGAAGCAAGCGGGAUCUGUAUCCACGUCACGUCAUGAGACAGUCCAUGCCAGCAUUCCCAGAUCCAUUGUUCAAAGAACAGUGGUAUCUUAAUGGUGGUGCGGCUGAAGGUUUAGAUAUGAACGUCGGGGUCGCAUGGAGAAAAGGUUAUACAGGAAAGGGGGUCGUAAUAACAAUACUCGAUGACGGAAUCCAACCUAACCAUCCGGACCUGUUGCAGAAUUAUGAUCCCGCGGCAUCGACUGACAUAAACGGAAAUGACACCGAUCCAACGCCGCAGGAUAAUGGCGACAAUAAACAUGGUACCCGGUGUGCGGGGGAAGUCGCCGCAGUAGCGUAUAAUAAAUAUUGUGGCGUAGGAAUCGCAUACAAUGCUAGCAUUGGUGGUGUGAGAAUGCUAGACGGCCUAGUUAAUGACGCAGUGGAAGCUAAAGCACUCGGCUUCAACACUCACCACAUAGACAUUUAUAGCGCUUCCUGGGGACCGGAGGACGACGGAAAAACGGUCGACGGACCUGGCCCCUUAGCUAGAAGAGCUUUUAUCAACGGCGUAACAAAUGGCAGAGGGGGAAAAGGUUCUAUUUUUAUAUGGGCAUCAGGAAAUGGAGGAAGGCAUACCGAUUCCUGUAAUUGUGAUGGCUACGCAAAUAGUAUAUUCACAAUUUCAAUUUCUAGUGCUACACAGGGAGGUUACAAGCCAUGGUAUUUAGAAGAAUGUUCCUCUACUUUAGCAUCCACAUAUAGUUCAGGGACACCAGGUAGGGACAAAAGUGUUGCAACCGUUGAUAUGGACGUUCAAUUGCGUCCAGAUCAUAUUUGUACCGUAGAUCAUACGGGUACCUCGGCUUCUGCGCCCUUAGCGGCGGGAAUUUGUGCACUAGCAUUAGAAGCAAAUUCAUUAUUAACAUGGCGGGAUAUGCAACAUCUUAUCGUUAUGACCUCCAGGUCACAACCUUUAGAUAAAGAAGAAGGAUGGAUCGUAAAUGGUGUUAAAAGAAAAGUAAGUCAUAAAUUUGGUUACGGUCUCAUGGAUGCCGGUCAAAUGGUAUCAUUAGCUGAACAAUGGAUAAAUGUUCCACCGCAACACAUAUGUAAGUCACAAGAAAUAAACGAGGACAGGGCAAUUGAAACUUCUUUCGGAUAUACGAUAUCCGUUCAUAUGGACGUAAAUGGUUGUAGUGGUACAAUGAAUGAAGUUAGGUUUUUGGAACACGUUCAAUGUAAGAUUUCGUUAAGCUUUUUUCCAAGAGGUAAUUUACGGAUAUUGCUGACGUCGCCAAUGGGUACUACGUCUACCUUAUUGUUUGAAAGAACUCACGAUGCUGCUAGUUCUAAUUUUGACGAUUGGCCUUUUUUAAGUGUUCAUUUUUGGGGUGAAAAUGCCGAGGGACGAUGGACACUUCAAAUAAUAAACGCCGGCAAUAACCAUGUUACUCAACCGGGAGUAUUAAAAAAGUGGCAGCUUAUUUUCUACGGUACGGCGGCAAAUCCCAUGCGGUUACGAAAUAAAAGUUACUUCAAAUCUGAUAAUAGUCGACAAGAUGAGAAGACCUAUCAUAUUAACGACGUUUAUGAUGCUAAUGAGUAUUCGCAAUUUCUUAAUGAAAUAGAGCUUGGGAUUUCAGAUAGACGUAAUUAUCCUAAAAAUAUUCCUUCAGCUCAAAGAAAAAACGUUUUGGCAGAUGCUAACGAUAAGCAAGUUCAAAGACUGUGCGAUCCCGAAUGUGAUUCGCAAGGUUGUUAUGGUAAGGGUCCGACCCAAUGUGUUGCUUGCAAACAUUACCGCCUCGAUAACUCCUGUGUGUCCAGAUGUCCACCGAGAAGCUUUGUUAAUCAAGGAGGUGUUUGUUGGCCUUGCCAUGAGUCUUGCGAAACUUGCGCUGGAGCUGGACAAGAUUCUUGUCUUACUUGUGCUCCAGCACAUUUACUUGUUGUAGAUUUAGCUGUAUGUCUGCAACAAUGUCCAGACGGUUAUUAUGAAGAUCCCGACGCAAACGCUUGUUUUCCAUGUGCAGAACACUGUGACACCUGCUCGGAUAAAGCUGAUUUGUGUUCUUCAUGUGCUCAUAAUUAUGAAUUGUAUAAUGGGUCUUGUUUAGCCACUUGCCCCCCUGGAACGUUCAAAAAGGAUGAUUUUGGUUGUAUGCGGUGUCAUGAAACGUGUGAGUCAUGUAGCGGCCCGAAUGAAUCUGAAUGUGUUACUUGUAAAAUUGGAGAGUACGCACUAGAAGGUCGCUGUGUAUCAAACUGCCCUAUUGGGAAUUAUGCAGAUAUUCAAAAAAAGGAAUGCAUAUCGUGUCCGAUUGGAUGUUCAAUUUGCACAUAUGCAAUUUGUUCCGCUUGUCAAGAUAAAUGGGUUCUAACGAAAAAAGGAACAUGUCAGCCUGAAGGAAACGAUAAGUGUGAUACCAAUGAGUAUUACGAAGGAGGGCGGUGCAAAAAUUGCCAUUCCACUUGUGAGAAAUGUAGUGGUCCUAAUGAAUGGGACUGUUUAUCUUGUUCAAGUCCUCUGUUAUUGCAGGGAUCAAGGUGUGUUGCGGAAUGCGGACAAGGCUUUUACCAGACAGCUGGGAGAUGUUCGUUAUGCCCGCACACAUGCAAAACAUGCGUGUCGAGGUUAAAUUGUACGACUUGUGCUAAUACUCUUAGAUUACAAUCCGGUACAUGCCGUUCUACAUGUGCAGCCGGUUACUAUCCCGAUGAAGGCACAUGUUCCAAGUGUUACUUGUCUUGUGAGACCUGUACUGGUCCGAGAAGAGAUCAAUGCGCAUCAUGUCCUCCAGAUUGGAGGCUGGCAGCGGGAGAAUGUAGACCGGAAUGUCCUCAAAACUUCUUUACAUGGGGAGACAGUUGUCGUAGAUGUCAUCAUUACUGCCAGGAUUGCCAUGGAGCUGGUCCCCAAAGGUGUACAUCCUGUCCUCAGCAUUUUUCCUUAGAGAGCGGUUUAUGUGUUGAGUGCCUUAGUUCCCAAUAUUAUGAGAUUAGGACGAGGACUUGCCGUCCAUGCCAUGACUCUUGCAGGUCGUGUUCUGGACCUGGGCCUACUAGUUGUGUGACGUGUGCACAUCCUCUUCGUUUAGAUAGGGUGAAUCACAAAUGUUUGCCAUGCUGUACAGAGAAUUUAGUUUCAUUUUACUUAAGCACUAAUCAAUCAACAGAUUGCUGCCACUGUGAUAAAGAUAUGGGCGGUUGUCUGAACGGUUCAUCGGCGGGUAAGAGACGCAUUGCGGAGAACAUUGGGGCGCAUAUGACGCCAUCAUUUUUUGUCGACGACGCGAAAGAGCAGAAUAUCUUAGACCGUGAUUUAUUGCUCCUUUUGAGUGCUGGAGCGGCGGUCCUUGUAAUAUCCAUUGCAAUGAUUGUACUAAGGUUCAAGUCAAAAAAGUGCAAACAUCUUUCACCGUUUCCAAGGACAGAAUAUUCGCAAUUGACUUCCAUAGACGAGGAUUUCACAGCAGUCAGCUUAUCGCAUACUACGUUAAAAGUCAUUCAAAGUGACAUAAACACAAACCAUCUGGAGGAACCAACAUAA